AUGGCCCAGGGGCAGAACAGGAAUGUUCUUCUGCCAGGACACAUGCAGAAUUCUGCUUCCAGUGUUUCUUCUCAGCCUAAUGGCAUAUCUCAUGAUGGUCUCAGAGUACGGCAUGAGAUGCUCAACAGAAUCUACGCAUGGUUACAGCAGAGGCAGCCUUCAAAGACUGAUGAUGCCUCCAAGGCAAAGUUAUUUGAUGUUGCAAAACGGUUAGAAACUGCAAUGUUAAAAACGGCUAAGUCAAAGGAGGAUUACUUAGAUUUCCGAAGUUUUGAGGUUCGCAUAGAAUCUACUCUGAAUCAACUUUUUAGUCAACGCCGUGCUAAUCCUUCAAGUUCGGUCGGUAUGAUGGUCCCAACACCUGGAGUUUCGCAUGGAUGGGGUCAAAGUCAUACGGCCACACCUAUGGUGGAUAUGAACACCUUUAAUAGUAAUAAUAACUUAGCAGGUGCAACAAUCGAAACUGGAAGGCUAUUGCCAACUAAUCGCAUGAAUGGAGGCUCAAUAGUUAAUGGUCGCCAGCAAUUGUCUGCGGGAUUUUCAGUUAGUUCUGAUGACACUGGCCAGAUGAUGCCUACUCCUGGAUUUAACAAUAGUGUUAAUGCUGAUGUAUAUCAUUCUCAUCGAAAUGAAGAAAAUUCUAGAGAUGGUGGCAAGCUUCUGGCUGUUGGGUCUGAAUUUGGAAAUCCAUCUCAGCUGCAGAGGCAACGUCCUGCUGCUGGUUAUGACCGUAUGCAUAGCAACCUUGAUCACCAGUUGGGAGGUGGUUUCAGGUCAAACAUGCACCAGAAUGCUGGUGUAGGGAUGAGCGGGAACAAUGUACAGCUUGCUAAUGGCCGCAGGAGUUCUGAAGGGGUCCUUAGUUCCACGCAAUUUUCAACUUCAUCCCAACCUUUGCAUCAGCCUGUCGAUCAGUUGAAGGUGUCACAUGUGCACAGAUAUUCAAUGGGAAACUCUGAUACUUUUGGGACUGGGAAUCUCUAUGGAGUUCUGACAUCAUCUGGCUCAAUGGAAACUGCUGUGGAUUCAGUGAGUCUGAAUCCUAUGCGGAGAGUUGAUGCUUCCUUCGCUAAUAAUCAGUCUGGCUUGCACGCAGCGGCAAAAAAUCCAUUGCUAAAACCUCAGCUACUUCAACAGUUCGAGAAUGGGAAUUUCCAAUCUUCUUCCAGUUCCAGAGCAAAUUUGGCUCAGGUGAGUCAUCAACCAUUAGAAAAUCAGUUCAACCAGCCAGCUCAUCAUGGUCAAUACCAGCAACAAGAGCACUUAAUGAACAAUGAUGCUUAUCGUCAAUCUCAGUUAGCUUCAAAUUUUGUUAGUCAAGUUAAGCAUGAACCUCGCGUGGAAUACUACAAUGAAGCAUUUCAGCUGCAGGCUUUAAACAAAGUAGAACCAUCCAAGUCGCAAAACCAGUACAAGCAGAACACUGUCAAAGAUGAGUAUGUUGGUGCUCAGAGUGCAACAGUUUGUAGUAGCCAGCCUAUUAUUUCUUCAUCUUUCCCACCGCAAACUCAUCAGACGCAGGAGGUAUCACAAUGGAAAGAUUUGGGUAACGUCUCAGUUGGCGUGCAGCCAGUAUCAGGUCUGGGUCAGUGGCAUUCAUCUUCUCAGAACUUGACACAAAUAUCAAAAGAUUCGAAUGGAGAGAGAGAACAUUUUGGGGUAAACUUAGGUCAAAGAUUGCCUAUGCAGCAUGAAGCUACUAACGAUAGUUCGUCUGUAAGAGAGUCUACAAAUUGCCAAACUGUGGCUCCUAGAAGCACCUUGGAGGCUCCACAUCUCCCAGAAGGAAGCAACACCUUGAGUAAACAGCUGAAUGGAGAUUGUGGUUUAAGUUAUAUAAAUCAGAGGCGGUGGCUUUUGUUCCUGCUACAUGUACGCAAAUGCAAUGCAGCGGAAGAUAACUGUGAAAGCAAGUAUUGUUUUACUGCCAAAACGCUAUUGAAGCAUAUCAAUUACUGCAAGGCCCCUGCUUGUGCAUAUCAAUAUUGUCUUCAAACCCGAAAAUUGAUUAAUCAUAACAAGAACUGUGGGAAUGAAGCAUGUCCAGUCUGUGUUUAUGUCAGAAACUUCAAGGAGAAACAAAAAGAAAAGAUUGCCCUCCUCCGACGAGCCGAGCCUAUCUCAGCCAGUUUAAAUCAUGGACACAAGGAACCCUUUGAGUCUAUGCGUGCUUCUAGUGAAAGAGACUCUGAAGCUCCAUCUGUUGAUGAUUUGCAACCUUCUCCGAAGCGCUUGAAAGUAGAGAAACCCUCCCAGUUUGCUUAUCAUGACACACACAGCGUCCCAGCGAACAUAUCUGCUGGUGUCAGUAAAGCUCAUUUUUCAAUGGGUUUGCAAGAGAAAUAUAGUGUACAAAGUGAUGUUUGCAAAACUGUUAGAUCAGAUGUGCCUAUGAACGCAGAUAGUUCCGAUUCUUCGAGGAGAAUUGUUCCAGUUUCCCGUGAGCUGGAGAAGCCUGUUUGUAAAGAUACCCCCAUGGGAAGACAUGGUGGAGACUCUUCAUUCGAUGGUAAAACUGUUUGUUUACCAGAGCAAGAAAAACCAAAAUGUGUGAAAGAAAUAAGCGUACCCAAAGAAGAGAAAGCGGAACAGUCUGCGGGCGUUGUAGCUGCGUCUAAUAGCGGAAAGUCAAAGAUAAAGGGAGUCUCACUGAUUGAACUGUUCACUCCAGAGCAAGUAGAGGAGCAUAUCCGCGGUCUUCGUCAGUGGGUAGGCCAGAGUAAAACCAAGGCAGAAAAAAAUAAAGCAAUGGGACUCGCCAUGUCCGAAAACUCUUGCCAGUUAUGUGCUGUUGAGAGGCUUGCAUUUGAGCCGACACCUAUUUAUUGCACACCAUGUGGUGCACGUGUCAAGAGAAACGCUAUGCACUAUACUGUUGUGGCUGGUGAGUCACGGCAUUAUGUCUGCAUUCCCUGCUACAAUGAAACGCGUACGAACACUGUUACUAUUGAUGGAACUCCUGUGCCGAAGUCGAGGUUUGAGAAAAAGAAAAAUGAUGAAGAGGUUGAAGAAUCGUGGGUGCAAUGUGAUAAAUGUCAAGCAUGGCAGCAUCAAAUUUGUGCUUUGUUCAACGGCCGUAGGAAUCAUGGGCAAGCCGAGUACACUUGCCCUAAUUGCUAUAUACAAGAGGUGGAACAAGGAGAAAGGAAACCAGUAUCACAAAGUGUUAUUCUGGGGGCAAAAAGUUUACCGGCUAGUACUCUUAGCAACCAUUUAGAACAGCGGUUGUUCAAGAAAUUAAAGCAGGAAAGACAGGAGAGGGCUAGACUUCAAGGAAAAAGCUACGAGGAGGUCCCGGGAGCCGACUCACUUGUUAUCAGAGUUGUUGCAUCCGUCGACAAAAUAUUAGAAGUUAAGCCACGCUUCCUUGAAAUAUUCCGAGAAGAAAAUUACUCAUCAGAAUUCCCUUAUAAGUCUAAGGCCAUUCUGCUGUUUCAGAAGAUCGAAGGUGUUGAAGUAUGCUUAUUUGGCAUGUACGUCCAAGAAUUUGGAACAGAUUCUGCGUCUCCCAAUCAGCGGCGGGUAUACCUUUCCUAUCUGGACUCGGUUAAGUACUUUAGACCUGACGUUAAAACAGUAUCUGGAGAGGCCCUCCGUACUUAUGUAUACCAUGAAAUUCUGAUUGGUUAUCUAGAUUACUGUAAGAAACGUGGGUUUUCAAGCUGCUAUAUAUGGGCAUGCCCCCCUCUCAAGGGUGAAGAUUAUAUUCUAUAUUGUCAUCCUGAAAUUCAGAAAACGCCAAAGACUGACAAGCUAAGGGAAUGGUAUUUAGCGAUGCUCAGAAAAGCUUCCAAGGAAAAAGUGGUCGUUGAAUGUACAAAUUUUUAUGAUCAUUUUUUCGUCCAGUCUGGUGAAUGUAGAGCAAAGGUAACAGCAGCAAGGUUGCCAUAUUUUGAUGGGGACUAUUGGCCAGGCGCCGCUGAGGAUUUAAUAGAUCAAAUGAGCCAAGAAGAAGAUGGCAAAAAGUCAAAUAGAAAAGUAAUGCCGAAAAAGGUCAUAUCGAAAAGGGCUCUAAAAGCAGUUGGACAGUUGGACCUUUCUGUUAAUGCCUCAAAGGAUCUACUGCUAAUGCAUAAACUGGGUGAGAUCAUCCUCCCAAUGAAGGAAGAUUUCAUCAUGGUUCAUUUGCAACAUUGUUGCAAGCAUUGUUGCACUCUCAUGGUAUCUGGAAAUCGGUGGGUGUGCCACCAGUGUAAAAAUUUUCAGAUUUGUGACAAGUGUUAUGAAGUGGAAGAGAACCGUCUCGAAAAGGAGAAACACCCCGUCAAUCAGAAGGAGAAGCAUGUACUGUAUCCUGUUGCAAUUGACGACGUUCCUACUGAAAUUAAGGACAAUGAUGGCAUCCUUGAGAGCGAAUUCUUUGAUACUAGGCAAGCUUUCCUAAGUCUUUGCCAAGGAAACCAUUAUCAGUACGACACACUAAGACGGGCUAAACACUCUUCCAUGAUGAUUCUCUAUCAUCUUCACAACCCAACCGUGCCUGCAUUUGCAAUAGCAUGCGCCAUCUGCCAGCAAGAGCUUGAACCUGCUCAAGGUUGGCGUUGUGAGGUUUGUCCUGACUAUGAUGUUUGCAGUGCUUGCUACUCAAAAGGCAUCAACCAUCCACAUAGCCUUAUUACCCGUCCAUCUGCGACUGAUUCUGUUGUACAGAACACACACACUAAUCAAAUCCAGACUGCACAGUUAAGAGAACUGCUGUUGCACGUGAUUGCAUGCUGCACUGCACAGUGCCAGUAUCCAAGGUGUCGCAUGAUUAAGAUUCUAUUCAGGCAUGGUGUUGCAUGCAAAACCAGAGGUUGCAUCCAUUGUAAGAGAAUGUGGGCCCUCUUCCGAAUGCACGCCCGAAACUGCAGAGAUCCCCAAUGCAGAGUGCCCAAAUGCAGGGACUUGAGAGCUCAUUUUAGUAGAAAGCAACAACAGGCAGAUUCAAGACGCAGAGCAGCUGUGAUGGAGAUGGUGAGGCAGAGAGCCGCUGAUGCAGAAACAUCCACUCCUGACUGAUCAACAGAGACAUCUUAUCUCUCUAUCUAAUGGGGUCAAGGGUUCGUGCCUCUGGUGGUGCCUUGGGCUCAUCAAGAAAGAAUUGGGAGGAAGACCGUUUAGGAGCUCAAGAGCAAAUGAGCAGAUGCCACAGCUACUAAUUUAGGUUCCACGAGGAGGUACAUAGAUAAUUCCUUUACAUGUAUUAUUCUUAAGGUAUAGACAUGUGUAUAUGCGAAUUGUAAUUUUUGAUCCAAAUUUUGGUGUUGCUUUUAACUUGAAUCCGAUUGAAUUAUUGGGUCUUGGCUGCUGAACUGGAUCUUAAUUCACCUUUUUGAUCCCUUCGUUCUGUAAAUGUAGCAUUUUUGAAACAGCUGUAAGCUAAUAAAUUAUCCUGAU